AUGAUCAGGAUUUUCUUUCUUCUGUUAUUCGUUAGUUCCAGUUUGGUUGCAGAUGGUAGACAAUAUUUUAAUGACAAAGUCCAGCGCGCUUUUCAGCAAGCGGAGUCUGAGAUUCUUUCAUUUCGACCCCAUUCCGACUUUUCCCAAGAAAGUUCACUGAUGAUCAAUUACAGCAUUGCAGCUUUAGCUGCCAUAAAAAUCUCUCAAACCAAUAGAGAUAAUGAUGGGAAUCUUCCACAUCGUCUAUGUCCCUUGAAGAAAUAUAAAUGCUCUUAUGGGAAAUAUCGACACUUUGAUGGACGGUGCACUAACAUUUUUUCACCUUUAUCUGGCAGUGCAUUUUCACCGUUUUCCCGAAGAUUAAAGGCCAAUUAUGAUGAUGAUAUCUCGCUUCCAAGAUUCCACGGAUUCCGUAAUAAACUUCUCCCACAAGUGGAAAUUAUUGAAAAACAAAUUGCCAAAGUUGCUGCAUCAUUCCCUAUACCACUGACGUCUACAUUUUUGGAUUUCUCAGAUUUUCUAUACAACGAUCUGGCGAAGUUCGUAAAGCUUCAAGAAGGGCUGGGAUGUUGUGGAAUUGGAAGAAGUGGAGAAUGUGUAAGCAUUGGGGAACACUUACUCGAUUGCUAUAUUCGGUCUGCUGCAGCUCCAUACAAUCAUUGCUCGCUGGGUCAAAGAGAACAAAUGAACUUGGCAACAGCAUUUAUCGAUGGAGGACCGAUUUAUCAGGACUUGAAAGAUCUUACCAAAGCCAAAAUUACAUCUACAGUCACCCUGGAUUCUAAAUCUUCCAUUUACAACUUGCUCAUAGACGAACACAAUUGGGUUGUCAAUCAAAUUCAGACCGCUUUUCCAGAUAUGAGUGUAGAACUAGUUUUUGAAGAGGCUAGAAAAUUUGUGAUUGCUGAAAUCCAGCACAUUGCAUUUGAGCAUUUCUUACCUAUUGUGUUGGGAGAAGAAACCAUGGAAAAAUACGAUUUGCGUGCUUCUCAUUGUGAUGGCGGCGCUUGCCAUGAAGUCGAUGCAAACACAUUGAAUGAGUAUGGGAGUGCUGUGGGAUUGUUUUACAAAUAUAUGACAGCACCUGACAAGUCAUUAAUCUUCAAUCCUUCUCAUUACUCUACAUCGGAAUUCUCAACAUCAACAUCCACAACAACAUCAUCUAGUUCAACAUUUAUUGAGAUUUUAAUGAAAGGAAGAGAUCAUGGAAUCCCAACUUAUUCUGAAUGGAGGAAAGAGUGUGGUGGUGGAAAGUUAGAAUCGUAUGAGCAAUUGAUAGGAUUGAUUGAUGAUCGAGUGUUGAAAAGUGUUAGAGAUCUGUUCCCAGAUAUCCGAGAUGUUGAUCUGAUAAUUUUGGGAAUUGCUGAGAAUCCUGUAUAUGGAAGUUUACUAGGACCAACCUUUGGCUGCAUCAUGGCCCUUCAGUUUCAAAAAACUAAAUUUGGAGACUCCUAUUGGUACACUAACAAACUGAACAACGAGCAACUGGAAGAAGUUCAGAAAGCUUCUAUUAGUUCAUUGAUUUGUAGACAUCAAAAAGCAUCUAUAAUCCAAAAAGAUGGGUUCAGAGCAGCAGAUAAUUUUCAAAAUAUCCCCAUAUUUUGUAAUUCCUCUGUUUUUACAUGGCCGGAUUUUUCGAAAUGGGUUUCUGCGCCGGAAAAACAGAAAAACACUCAAUUCGACGUUAUUCUUGGAGAAUGCAUUCAGGAAGUAUCCGCUGCCAGAAAUCGUCAAAAAUCUGAAGUUCUUCAAGACGGACUUCACAAUUCUGUAGCUUUGAAGUCAUAUGGAAGUAUGAUGCUGGCCAAAGAUGAAGCUGUAUAUGAAGCAAAUGUGUCUUUCAUUUUAUUGGAAGCCACUAGGAAGUUGGUGAAGCUUCAAAACAUCGAGUUGGACUCCAUACAGGGAGUUUAUAUUGGAGAAGACUUUGGAGUGAAAAGUGAUACUCAAUGCAAUCCCAAAGACUUUCCGUGUGACCCAACAAAUCCAUAUAGAUCCUACACUGGAUGGUGCAACAAUUUGGAAUCGCCUUCUCUGGCGAACACUUUUCGAGAACUGAAACGUCUUCUACCACCUGUUUAUGAAGAUGGAAUAAACUUGCCGCGAUCCAAGACUACCACUGGGUCUAGAUUACCUUCUCCAAGAGCCAUUUCAAAUGUUGUUCAUCAUGCCAAGAAACUAGAGCAUGCCAAAUACUCGCAUUUUGUGAUGGAGUUUGGUCAGUUCAUUGACCACGACAUAACCCAUUCUCCUGUUGAUCAAAACACCGACGGUACUCCAUUGAAUUGUUCUCGAUGUGACUCUAAUCGUUCUGUAUCACCAUCCUGCUUUCCAAUUCCAGUUCUAGCAACUGAUCUGCAUUUUGAACCAUUCUCCUGUCUGUCCUUUGUUCGCUCCCUACCUUCCCAGAAGGCAUUAGGUUAUCGUAAUCAAAUGAAUCAAGUUAGUGCCUAUCUGGAUGGUUCUGUUAUGUACGGCUCGACGAAAUGCGAGGGAGAUAGAUUGAGGACAUUUCAGGAUGGCAAAAUGAAAACAACACAGAUUUCGAAAUCGAGGAGGCACUAUGGAAUCACUUUGAGUCAAUCAGACGAAUCUGAACAAGAUGGUUGUGUCUCUUCUCCAGAUUCACCGUGUUUUAUUGCAGGAGACGAUAGAAACUCUCAACAGGCUCUCCUUAUUGCUGUUCACACUGUUUUCCAUCGUGAGCAUGAACGAUUAACCAGUCUGUUCAAAAAAGUCAAUCCGCAUUGGGAGGAUGAGAGGAUUUAUCAGGAGACAAGAAAAUUGAUUUCUGCAGAGUUUGCACAUAUUGUCUACAACGAAUACCUUCCGAUUAUUGUCGGUCAAAAAAUGAUGGAUGAUUAUGACCUGAGACCCAGACAAGAAGGAUAUUACAAAGGAUAUGAAAACUGUGAUGCAUCAAUCCUUCAACCAUUCGCCACUGCUGCUUUUCGGUUCGGCCAUUCUACAGUAACCCGGUUCACUCCAAUGCAAGAAACUGUACUCUCUCCUGCCACCAGAGUAGUAGACUUAGCUUCUGAUUUUUUGAACAUGUCUAAAAUUUAUAACAAUGAGGCAGUGGAGCAGAUAUUGGGAGGAAUGCACGGAAGACAUCAGAUGAUGACUGAUAGAUUUGUCGAUGAUUCUGUAAGAAACUUUUUGUUUUCUGAUCGUGGAAGACGCGGAACUGGAUUAGACUUGAUUGCAAUUAAUAUUCAAAGGGGACGAGAUCAUGGGAUUCCGCCGUAUAAUCAAUAUAGAUCAUUCUGUGGUCUGUCUCGCCUCACUUCUUUCUACUCGAUUUUCUCGGAUAUUGAUCAGGAUGGUUUAACGGCCAUUGGAAACGUAUACGAAUCUCCGGAUGACAUUGAUUUAUUCACUGGAAUUGUCUCGGAAAAAGUUAUUCCUGGAGGGAUAGUUGGCCCCACUGCUUCAUGUAUCAUUGCGGAACAAUUCAGAAGAUUGAAAAAAUGUGAUAGAUUUUAUUACGAGAACGGAAAGGAUUACUCAAAAUUCACCGUCGAACAGUUGAAGGAGAUUAGAAAAGUGACAAUGAGCUCGUUAAUUUGUGCAAACACGAAAGUUCCUAAAAUAGCCAAAGAUGUAUUUUCCGUGCCAGAUCCUUUUAGGUAA